CCCGCCAUUUUUCAUUGCUCGGCUUCUUUGGCGCGCAAGCAUAAAAUAUAAAGAACUCACACCGCAGUAGUGGCCCACCGGAGAGAGGAGCAAAAAUGCAAGUCGUUCGAUCUCAGACGAAAUCUUUCAUCAAGGACGUCGUCCCGACCCUCCCUCUCUACCGCUCCGCUCCCGCCCUCGAAUGUCGUCUCGAAGAGUUCGAGCUCUUCGCCCUCGAUCGCCUCCGAGUGCUUAAAGGGAUUUCUGAUGGAUUAUCAUGCGGAAAGAAACCUGACGAAAUGCAGAAGUUGGCAAUAGAACUAUGGAAGACAAAUAUGAGGCAUCCUCAGGCAUCUGAGGUCGUCAACAAGGGCAUAAUAUCACACUUUGUUCUGCGACUAGUUUAUUGCAGAACGGAGGACCUGAGAAAAUGGUUUCUUUCCAUGGAGACUGCCUUAUUUCGUUACCGAUUUAUGAAUGAACAACCUGAACCGCAGCGGGCACUCAUGGAAGAAUUUGAUCUUCCAUACAAGGCAGUCAGUGGUUCAGAACUUGAGGUGGUUUCCCUUGUUGCCACACAAUUCCGCGGUCUUCUAUCAAAGGCACUUAUUUUGACAAACAGAAAAUGGACAACAACUAUAGCAGAACAAGAGAAGGAUCGGUCGACUCCUAUUGUUGUAGCCCUAUCCUCAAGUUACCUGGGUCCUGACCAUUCUGAGCCAAAAGAGUUUGGUCAGAUUUCCUUAAAAGACAUUGAUGAUGCAGCCAAGAGCUCAUUUCCUCUGUGCAUGCGCCACCUAUUUGAAAAGUUGAGGGAGGAUCAUCAUUUAAAGCAUGGAGGGAGAAUGCAGCUAGGUCUCUUUCUCAAGGGUGUUGGGUUGAAGCUGGAUGAUGCCCUUUCGUUUUGGAAAGCUGAGUUCUCGCAAAAAGUUGGUGCUGAAAGGUUUGACAAAGAGUAUUCGUAUGGCAUACGCCACAAUUAUGGAAGAGAGGGGAACAGAAUGGAUUACACGCCUUAUUCCUGUCAAAAAAUCAUCUCAUCUACACCUGGUGUAGGAGAUCAUCAUGGAUGCCCAUAUCGAUAUUUCAGUGAAGAGCACUUGAGAGCCGCUCUUGGUAAAAUGGGAGUUACCGGGCGAGCAGUUGGAGAUGUAAUGGACAAAGCUAAAAACAGGCAUUAUCAGCUGGCGUGCACCCUGACGUUCGAAGCUAUUCAUGGUUCAUCAUGUGAUGCUGGGAUUAACCAUCCAAAUCAGUUUAACGACAGCCAAAUUAUUAUAAAAUCGAAGUUGUGCUGUGAGAGUUUGCCUAGGCUUCCCAAAAAGGCUGAAGUUGUACUAGACGCUUAUCCGAACCUUUCUCUUUGUAGAACCAGUCUACAGCGUAAGGGAGAGCUUUUUGAGCAGCCGAAGAGACGGAUAUAUUAG